CUAAAAUCAAAUUCAACUAUAUUACACGUUAGCGUUUUAAACUCCCAUUAAAUCCCAAAUCGUAACAACAUUCUUCUGUGGCAAGUUGACGUUCAAGUUUGAAACUUUGAACGUCGCCAGUUUGACAUCGUACACAGUGGGAGCCGGCCGUCUUGGGUAAAAACAAUGAGUAAGAAAAACGGUUUAGAAUCGUCGACGUCGCGCGGCAAGUCGGAGGCUUCGGAAACUACACCCCUUGUCGCUAAAGUGGGAGACAAUGGUGAAGAUCCAGAGCUGAACAAGAAUGGUGGUGGUGGUCUAUCAGUCAAGCAGACAGCACUGCUGGUGGUUGGAGAGAUUGCCGGUGGUGGAGUCCUGGCCUUACCGAGAGCUUUAGUCAAAACUGGAUGGCUCGGUGUUCCGUUACUCCUGCUGAUAUGUCUAAUGGCAGCGUUCAGUGGAAAACGUUUAGGAGACUGCUGGUCCCUCAUCGAGGCCAGAGACCCGCAAAUGAGGACCAGGAAGAGGAACCCAUAUGCUAUCAUCGCUGAACAGGCCCUGGGAAAGACGUGGAGCGCGGCAGUGUCAGUGGCGCUCGUUGUCACACAGUUCGGUGUGGCCGUGGUCUACCUGCUGCUGGCGGCUCAGAUCAUCCAGCAGCUGUUCCUGGCGCUGGUUCCCACCAUGACCCUGUGUCUGUGGUACCUCAUCGUCACCGGGGCAAUGACCCCACUGCUUCUUUUCGGCACGCCGAAGGACUUCUCAUUCCUAGGAACAAUCGCUUUCUUCGCGACGGUCAUCGCCUGCGUCCUCUACUUCAUUCAGAUGAUGAACGACAUCCGUCCCUUCGUGUUCCGCUGGGGCAUCCACGGCUUCAAGGACUUCUUCCUGGCCGUCGGCAUCAUGAUGUUCGCCUUCAACGGCGCCUCCACUUUUCCCACCAUACAGAACGACAUGGCCGAUAAGACCAAGUUCAACAAGAGCCUGCAGUACAGCUUCGCAGCCAUCAUGGCCAUCUACCUGCCUAUCUCGAUCGCUGGCUACGCGGUGUACGGCGAGAGUGUAGGACCAAACUUCAUCACAUCUCUCACUGCCACACCAUUGACUCUGGUGGCUAAUGUGCUCAUGGCUAUUCAGUUGGUAUCUGCCUUCAUCAUCUCCAUCAACCCCGUGUGCCAGGAGAUGGAGGAGAUGUACAAUAUCCCCAGAGACUCCAUCGGCCACCGCAUCCUGGUCCGCGUGUCAAUCAUGGCCGGCAUCAUGUUUAUCGGGGAGAGCAUCCCGAGGUUCUACACCGUGCUGGCUCUGGUCGGAGCCACCUCCAUCGGCCUGCUCACCUUCAUCCUGCCGUGCUACUGCUUCCUCAAGCUCGACAACCAGCCGCCAGCGGAGGGACAGGUGCAGAGCGAGACCCCCGGCUGGUCGAAGCUGCUGUGCUGGCAGGUGGUCAUCGUGGGAGCUGUGGGUGCCAUAAUAGCCACCUACGCAGCCAUCAGCGCCAUAUUUAGCACGUCGCAGGCGACACCCUGCUAUCUUAAAUAAUUCUAAAUAACCCCAUCGUUGCUAGCCGUAUUGUUGCCAGCCCUAUUAUUGGCACCUCAAAUUUUUGUUUGGAAGUAUGAAUGCCAAUAACAGGAUUAUGAUGAAACUUUACGUGACUAUAAAUGGGUGUUUUCCUUUAUACAUGAUCAAAAUAUUUCAAUUGAGGUACCAUAUUCGAGACAUCAGAAGUUAUAUAACAUUAUAAACAUCUAUGGUGAAAUAGUUAUCUCUGCGAUGUUCACAAAUAUGGUAGGUAUUUUAAUAUCUAAUACUUACAACAUUAUGAUAAUUAUGUAGUCUUUAAAUAAUAAUUCAAUUUUAUAAUUCCGAAUUAGUAAUCAUACUUAACGAGAUUAAGUAAGAUUAAGUAGAUUUAUUUAUGAUAUAAUUAAUUA